AUGGGGGUGUUCUACGACUUUUAUCAAGAUGGAAUCCUGGAUGUUAUAUUAGUGGAACAUGACAAAGCUACUGAACAGUACCACACUCGGACUUUCAAAAACAGCCUGGACUGCGAUACGACCUUUGUUAGGGUGAUGAUUCUUACUGGAUUCACCAAUAGUAAAUAUCCGAUUUCUAAUGGAAUCUGUUGGGAAAAAGAAGCGGACUUAUGGUACUAA